AAAACAGCCCCAGCUCCCUCCAGCCCUCGCUUGAACAAUGUCCUCCAGCCAGAGCAACCCAGAGAGCCUCUGAUCCCAGCACAGCCUUGGACUUAUUUCAAGGGAAAUUAACCUGGAAACCUCUCCACAAGGCCGUGGUCCCGAGCAUAUGCCCCUGGAAAAGCUAGGGAUGAGCACCUCCCUGAGCUAUAAGUCCUUCUCCAAAGAGCAACAAACUAUGGACAACCUGGAGAAACAGCUGAUCUGCCCCAUCUGCUUGGAGAUGUUCACCAAGCCCGUAGUCAUCCUGCCCUGCCAGCACAACCUCUGUCGGAAAUGCGCCAGUGACAUCUUCCAGGCCUCCAACCCCUACCUGCCGACCAGGGGAGGUACAACUGUGGCGUCGGGAGGUCGUUUCCGCUGUCCCUCCUGCAGGCACGAGGUGGUCCUGGACCGACAUGGUGUCUAUGGGCUGCAGAGGAACCUGCUGGUGGAGAACAUCAUCGACAUCUACAAGCAGGAGUCCACAAGACCUGAAAGGAAAUGUGACCAGCCAAUGUGUGAAGAGCACGAAGAUGAGAGAAUUAAUAUCUAUUGUUUGAACUGUGAAAUGCCCACCUGCUCCUUGUGCAAAGUCUUUGGUGCCCACAAAGACUGUCAAGUUGCUCCUCUCACAAAUGUUUACCAGCAGCAGAAGUCUGAGCUGAGUGAUGGCAUUGCAGUCCUGGUGGGGAGCAACGACAGAGUGCAAGGAAUAGUCACACAGCUGGAGGAGACCUGCAAGACAGUUGAGGAAUGCUGCAGACGACAAAAAGAACAGUUGUGUGAAAAAUUUGAUUAUCUCUACUCUGUAUUGGAAGAAAGGAAAAAUGAGAUGACACAAAUAAUCACUAGAACCCAAGAGGAGAAACUGGAACACGUCCGGUCCCUGAUGAAGAAGUAUGCGGAUCAUUUGGAAGCUGUGUCAAAACUGGUUGAAUCAGGAAUCCAGUUCAUGGAAGAACCAGAAAUGGCCGUGUUUUUGCAGAAUGCCAAAACACUGCUGCAAAAAAUUACUGAAGCUUCUAAAGGAUUUCAAAUGGAAAAAAUAGAGGAUGGGUAUGAAAUUAUGAACCAAUUCACAGUGAACCUCAGUAGAGAAGAAAAGAUAAUACGAGAAAUUGAUUUUGACAGAGAGGAGGAGAGAGAAGAAGAGGAGGGCACAGAGGAUGGUGAAGGUUUGGAUGAAGUCCACACAGAGUCAUCUGGAGAGGAGGGAGAGGAGGAAGAGGUAGAGGAGGAAGAGGCUGAGAGAGCAUCACAGCCACCUCAGCAAGACCCUAAACUGCAGAGUGCAGCAGGAGAGCCCCUGGCUGAACCCACUCCAGUGUCACUACCUGCUGCCCCAGCUGGUCAGGAUGUGGUUGUGACACCAGGUGGUUCUCAGCAGACCCCAGAAUCUGACACUCAAAUGCCAGCCACAGCAGAAACCACGGAUCCCUUGUUUUACCCUAGCUGGUAUAAGUCUCAGUCACGGCAACCAAGCAGUCCAAGCUCAACCCCAGUGAGUGGGCUGGGGAAAGUAGGGAGUCCUGUUUCUCUGGAAACAAGUGCAAAGAAGUCAGAAGCCCCAACAGCAGCAACAGAAGAGGAGAGUGCACCAGGGAGUAGUAAGGAAAGUAAUGCCACUGCAGCAACAUCCAAGACUGGUUCUGAACCAUACGCUCAAGGACGAGUGGAGGAAGCGCCUGUGAGCAGUGAGAGGGGUGACGAGCCGGCUCGUCAUGUUUUCUCCUUCUCCUGGUUGAACUCACUGAAUGAAUGAUGACUCACUCUGGCUGGCUUCUGGUGUGCUUCUCCUGGGAGGGACCGUGAGCACAGGCAGCCUGGCUGCAGUCAGCAAAGAAACUGGCCUGGAAAGGGGCAUCCGAGCAGGUUUCAUUCCCAGGAACUCAGUUGGCCUCCACAUCAUACCCUUGAGAUGAUAGAUCUGAGAGGGAUGGGAGCAUGGGGACAAAUUACUAUACUGUAUUGUAGUCAAAGUGUUUUCCAAUAAUUUUUUACUUGCAAGGGGAAAGUAGCAUCACUACAGCUUUACACUGAGCACUGCUAGUGUUUUGUUACUCACCUUUUGGCACAUCCCCUCACAGGGGUAAGCGCUUCAUCAGUGUUGUUAGCUAAAAUGCUGGUAUGAUAUUCACUAAUAGCACCCUUUGCCAAACCAAUGUUUCUUCUGAAUAUCCUCCUGUAUCUCCACUUGUUGGUGCUGGGGACUUCAGUGACACUAUCAGAUCCUUGGCAGCCCCAAAUCAGGGUUGUGUCUGACAGUACCGGUGCCUCCACAGCUGCGGAACACGGGAGGAAAGAAGGAAGCUGCCAUUUCUGCUUUUGGACUUGCUCUUCCUGCUAAGCCACAACAGAUGACGCUCACAUAAACACUUUAUUUGUAAGGAAGAUUCCCGGUGGCAGGAAUGAGGAAGAUGCAUGCACCAAAAGCACUGGCCAAGACCCCAGGCAUGGAUGCAGGACACAGCUCUGAAUAUGUGGGGCAAAUGCUGUAGUGCUGCCCAGCCUGUCCAGCCAUAAUCUGUGUCUAUGUCUUCUCAGUCACCAGUGUGUGUAGAAAAGGGGGCAUGUUCUUACAUGAAAUCAGAAUGCAGUGAGGUGGUCACAGGUACUCAGUCAAGGUUUAAUUUGAAAUCCCAAUGGUGAGCUGUAGAAAAGGCAGAUGCUGACUGUCCUGUUCCAUGUGCCUUGCAGAUAUUUAUCCAUCUAAUGAAAUCAAAUUUGUGUCUUAAAAGAAGUUCUAGAAGUUCUGUUUAAGGUGGCAUUCUGCAAUUUUUGUCACUGGGAACAGGGUGUCAACUCUCAGUAGUGUUUAAGAGAGAUUGGAAGGCUGCCAGGAGUGCUUGGUGCCAUAGGGGACCAGGUGUCAAGCUCUGCACUAGGGAUCUUUCCCAGAUCCCUGAGCCAGGCCCUCAAUACAGUUUUGUGUGAGGUCGUAGGGCUGCGCUGUGUCCCAGCAGGACUGGCGAGCUGGCAGUGCAGACCAGUUAGCAGGCUGUGUGGGGUUAGCCCCCGUCCUGGACAUCUGCCGCUAUUGGCCUGAGUGACAUCAGCCCUCGUUGGUAUCUGUUUUCCCCGGAGAACGCUCCUGAGAGAGUUUGUCGGGCUGCACAGGCGAGCUCCACAUAAAUAUUUGGAACUCUCACAGCCCAGAGAGAGCGCCGCCCAGCACCGCCACCGCAUCGCCUCCGGCUGCUGGAGCAACUUUUCUCUGGGAUUUGGUUCGGGGUGAAUCGUCCUGGGAGAUUUCCCCUAGCUCCUCUGGCAGUUUCUCCAACAUACUCAGAGCCCCUGGGAAGGAGCCCUCUUGGGCACCUCCGCCGGGACGGGGGAGGAAUCUGCCCCUUUAGGGUGGGGGGAGGAUGUGCAAAGCCAGAAUGAAAACGCAAAAGGGAUGCGGGAGCGCCUCACCGCUUUCCCAUCGCUGCGCUCUGGCGGGAGGAGGCUGCCCGGCCCCAACCACAGCGGUAGGAGCCAGUGAGCCCCCUCGGGGGCUGCCGAGAUGGGAUUCGGCAGUGCUGGGAGGCAUCGAUUUGCCCUCGACACCCCGUUCCCGGGAGUAGCCUGUGCCGAGGGCGGCGGCGUGGGGCAGCCCCCGUCGGGGCGCACCUCUGGGAGAGCCGGCGGGGACGGGGGCUUCCCUGGGCGGGGAGGAGAAAAACAUCCCCGGGGGCUAUAUAGGGCUCCCCGGGUGCCCGCGGACGCGGGUGCCCCCCUACGCCCCGGUAAGCGCUGAAGGAGGCGGAGCAACCCUUACGCGUCUAGGCAAGAAAGUCUAUCAAGUCGUCUUUACUUUGCAGCUUUUAUUAAAAAUAUAAAUAUUAAACAUUCUCUUACACAACCAAAUCGACCGAGCGCUGAAAAGAUGUUUUAUUGUGAAAAUGUUUACAGGAAAAAAAGUGAAUUGAAAGUAGCUUACAGAGAUUCCCCCUCCCACCUCCCUACCCCUAGCAGAAAAGUUUUCUGUCUUCUUGGCACCAUUUCUUCCAAUGCUCACACAUCCCUACGUAGCGAUGGCACUAGAAUAACUGGGAAAUGGAGAAAUAAAUAAAGGUAGGGGAGGUUACGAACGACACUCGAGUUUCUGCACUUGGUACACGGUUGUGCAUGCUAGUCAAGGGACAGAGGCUGUUCGGAGCACACCCUUCUAGGUUUAAAGCUAUAUAAAAAUAAAGAGAUGACAUCAGAGCAGCACUAUGGUA